AUGCCUGCGGCCGCCGCCUUUGUGCAGGCGCAGUUCUUGCCGGUUGUCCUGGUGACCGCCAUCUGCGUCGGCUGCUCGUUCCCCCAGGCUGGCGUGGCCGUGUCGCAGCUGCCCAACCUGACGGCGUUUGUGACCACGGCGAUGUUCGUAAUCAGCGGGCUGCAGCUGCGGCAGGGCGAGGCGCUGCAGGCGCUGAAGGCCAGGGGUGCCGUGGCAUUUGGCAUCAUCUCCAUCCUGCUGAUCACCCCGCUGAUCUCCCUGGCGGUCCUGCGGCUGCCGCUGCACCCGCCAGAGCUGGCGAUCGGCCUGGCGGUGUUCUGCUGCAUGCCCACCGCCCUGUCCAGCGGCGUUACCCUGACGCAGCAAAUCGGCGGCAACGUGGCGCUGGCGCUGCUGCUGACGGUCUCCACCAACAUGCUGGGGGUGUUCACGAUGCCCUUCACCCUGCCGGCACUGCUGGGCCCGGCCCUGGCCGGGUCGGUGCGCCUGGAGCCGCUGCCGCUGCUGGUCAAACUGGUCAAGACCAUCCUGGUGCCAUCCCUGGUCGGCGCCAGCAUUCGCGCAUUUGUGCCUGGCGCCGCCGCGUUUGUCGACGCGCGCAAGAAGUACCUGACCUACUCCAACGCGCUGCUGCUGGCCCUGGUGCCUUGGACCCAGAUCAGCAAGGCCGUCGCACAGAGAGUACCACUCGAGGCCGGCAGCCUGCUGGUGGCGGCCGCGGCGGGGGUGGGGGUGCACCUGGCCUUCCUGGCCCUCAACAUCGGCGCCUGCAGGCUGCUGCGCCUCGGCGGCCCCGACCCCGCGGCCGCGCUGGCCGUGCGGCGCGCCGUGAUCCUCGUUGGCAGCGUCAAGACCCUGCCCGUGGCCGUCAGCGUCCUGGCCAGCCUGGGCCCCGCGCUGGGGCCGAUGGCGGGCGUGGCUGUCGUGCCGGCGAUGAGCGCGCACCUGAGUCAGAUCAUCAUCGACUCGAUGCUGGUGGCUCGGUGGCAGGCGCAGGACCGGGCCGCAAAGGCGGCGUGA